AUCUCCAUCGCCGCUCAGGAUCAUACGCAGCUUCGCUUUGCUUUCUGAAAGCGAACUCUCGUGCGUUGGAGGAUCGAGGAAAAAAUGGGAGAGUGCAGGCCUCUUGGGUUCUUGAUAGGCUUGCCCUUCGCUUUCGUUGCCGUGAUCUUUUCUCUGGUGGGUGCACUUGUUUGGGUCCUCGGGACUGUACUGAGUUGCUUGUGCCCUUGCUGCAUAUGCUGUGUUGGGGCGGUGAAGCUGUCCGUCAGCCUUCUCAAGCUUCCCAUCAAGAUUCUCCGGUGGUUCACUGAGAAGAUUCCGUGUUGAUGUCUCCCUAUUUGAUUUUUUUCUUCCUCCGUUCCUCUUUUUUUUUUCUGGUUUAUUGAUACCGAGUUCCUGUAUGUGAGAUUUGCACCGAUUCUUUAUUAUUGGUCAUCAUCAAUCUUUCUCAUUCUUGCAGUUUCGGAUUAGGAAAAAGAUCGUUGACGAAAAACGAGGGUUCUUUUUCUCUGUCUCUUUUUUUUACGUCUCUCCAGAGCGUGGUAGCAAAAUGCAAG